AUGGCGUUGUAUCCUUGCAUAAGAACGACAACAGAAUACAAAUAUGCUGAACGAAUAAAGGCUCGAUUACCAGCCGCUGUUCGGGAAAGGAGCNCCAGCAAGUUAUUUUUUGCUCUGGAGCACUUGAGGUGUAUACACUGUGCGGCGUUACAACACGGCCUGGCAGUCACGUUAUGGAAAAGAUAUUUCAAGGAGAAAAUAUCAGCGACAGUUAUGCUGAUGGAGAAGGUUGGCAAAGCACCCAAAGAUCGACUUUGCCGAAAGACCGUGGAUCUAAGUUUUACUGCACUGGAACAGUUCCUGAAAGCCACUGUACAACUUCUGGAAUUGAUAGUUGAGGUUGACUGGGUCGAUUCUGAGAUAAUCGACCUAGAAAUGGAGGAUUUCUGGCACGCUGGCGAAACAGGUGCAAAGUCCCUCAUUGAGGAGGCCCAGGAGCAGCCAAAGAGUAAUGGACCUCUGGUAAAGCUCCAUGCCAAGCUGGUCACUGUUCUGUGGAUAAUAAUGGGCCUGGACAUGAAAAGUGUUAAACCGCUGACGCUCUUCGAUACAACGAGUAAGGAUUCAUUCAUGAGGGAUUUCAGCUCCACCCGUCCAUUAGCGUCUGACGAUGUCGACAGGUCCAUUGUUGAAACAAGAGAAAAGUUCCUUACUCGUGCCCUGUCCUUCACGGUGAGCACUAUGUCGACCCAGUCCUCGCACAAAGUUCUCGGACGAGAGGACAGUGACAAUGAUAACCUGAGAACGAUGUCUGGCACAUCCUCUAAUGACUGGCCAGCGGUGAUUUACACGUUCGCGGAGCAGUUUGGGAUGGACAGUGAUCCGCUGAAGUGCCAUAUCGUGCGUGAAUUGUACUCCGCUGGCUUUGAUAACGUUGCAAAAGAGACCAUGUUCUCCGUUCACGACCAGCGGGCCCUGGGUUCACAGCUCCUAAGAAUUGUGGGACAGCGGCUUGCCUACGUCAUCCUGGAUGCUUCAGAGUCCUCUGAACGCGCCAAUCGCUUGUCACGCCUGCCAACGCAAAUCAGCAGCUGGAUCAAGUCACAAGACCCGUCUAGAUUGUCAUGUCGUAAGGUCCCUCUCUCGCACACUGUUGAUCUUCUGCGUGUAGUGCUAAGCCUGACACCGCAAGACUCGCCCGACUACUCUCUGACUUCAGGAUUGGCCGAGUCCAUCAAAUUCCUCCUCUAGACGUGAAGGAUAACGUUAUCCAGUCUGUUGGCUGUCGUGUUUGGCUAGCGUAGCUUCCAUACACAUCCUUGUGAAUUCGGCAACGAAGGUUACAUAUUCAGCAGAAUACAGAGUCCGAUGUAAUCCUUCGCCAGACUUGGAAAGAUGCGUUUCCAAAGUCUGGAAUAGUUUCUCCACAAACUCAACAGUUCAGCAGCCUCACGCUUACAUUGCAGUCAAAUUCAACAUUGGAAAUGAACGUUGUAUUGUCAGGUUAAGCUAGUCAUAGGACCCAAGUGCAUCUGAAGUCCGGGUUCAAACACGCAAAUCAAGACCUCAGAUUUAGCUUGACGAAGACGAGGAAUCGUGCCAAACAUAUUCAUUUCGCACAGCUAUCUCACAAUAACUCCAAAAGGAGCACUUCGGUUAAUUUGGGGGCGGGGGGGAAACUUUUAAAUUCCCUCGUAUUUUAAACGUUAUUCCAUUUUCGCUUUCUCACAGAGUACCUCAAAGUUCAAGUUUCAAGCUGCUUCGCACAUAGAGUUACUAACAAGUAUCGUUUGUUAUCGUUUAUAUCGGGGGAAGCUAGUUACUCUUGAAGGCCUUUUACGGGAGGCGAGGAGGGCUGCUGUUGUAUUUCCAUCAUAUUUAGCUAGCUCACGUAAAAGAAAAGGUACAAAAGAGUUUUUAAUAUUUAUUUAAUAGUUAGUACUAAAUUAGCCUGCAUAAGAACGACAACAGAAUACAAAUAUGCUGGACGAAUAAAGGCUCGAUUACUAGCCGCUGCUCGGGAAAGGAGCCCGCGCUCCUCUUCGGGAAGACGCGCGGGGACUGGACCCGAGAGAACGGCGGAAAUCGACCCUAGGACAAAUAGGUUCGAUAGAAUACAUAUAUUUCCCUCAAAUAUUUUUCCUGUUGAGAAAAUGGGAGGAGGGGUGGUUUUACUUGUUAAUCGUAGACGGGCUUAUAGGGAGAUAAUGGCAUAAAAGAGAAGAGUUUAUAUUUAGGUUUUACAGUCAAAAAUCAAUAGUCUUCCAUAGAGAUCCAAAUUGAAAAUGGGUAUUUUAGUAAAAGGAUGUCGCACGAAAAACUGUAAUUUUUUGAAAAGGAAAUGAAUGUAAGAACAACUAUGAUGUUGCCAUAUGUAAUAAAAAUUGAACAGGUUCUUUAA